CACAUCUUCAGUAGUUCGUAUAAACAAAACCCAAAACAUUGCCACAUAUACUCCGGCGAACGACGACCUUCAACCAUGGAUAAUUCCAGCUACGAGGAUCUGAGAGCUUCUUUUACUCUCGAAGAACCACUCUUCGGCCACGAUGCCAGCAUUGACAGCUUAUGCCAGACCUACCUGGGCAACCUUAACACCUUCAGCACCCUGGAGACCCACAACACCACCGGACUCCUGGACGAGAUUGAAACCUUCUCCAAGAUAGACAUCGGUGACUGGAGAGGCGAGGAUUGCCUGGACUGGGCUGGUAGCGUGUGCAAGCGUCGUGGACUGGACCAGACAACACUGGACCUAUGGGAGCUACGUAGCACCUGCGGUAGCAACCUCCUGUUGUACUCCUGCCAGGACUUCUGCCGCCUCCUGGGCACCGUCUACGGACCUCUCUUCUACCAGGAGUUCUGUCAGCUCAAGGAGGACAGAUACACUGGUGGACGGAAGCAGCAGCAGCAGCAGCUGACGCUAGAGGGUGUUGGAGCGUCAAGCUACAGUGACUACAGCUGGGGUAGCAUCAGUGGCUACGAGGGUAGCAUCAGUAGCUGCGAGGGUAGCAGCGGCGGCUACGAGGGUAGCAGGAGUAGCUACGAGGGUAGCAGCGGCGGCUACGAGGGUAACUGUGACACCACCUCGACUGACUGCUGGACACUGACGACUGAUGACAUGAAGGAUCUGGACAGAUACAUCGGUACAGGAGAUUCCUGCGAUCCUUCUGCCUGGGGACUACAAGAGAUGGACCUCUUUGAGCAGUCUGUGCCUAUCUAUUGUGACAGUCAAAGCCUCCCACCAGAGCCAGUGACAGAGAUGACAGUGACUGGGGACAGUACCCCGGUGCUCUCCAAUGAUCCACUCAAAAAGAUUCGUCCCCAUGCUAAGAAACGAGAACGCGGACCUAAAAACUGGGAGUUUGUGAUUCGUCUCCUAGCUGAUCCUCAGACCAAUCCUUCACUGAUCCGCUGGGAAGAGCAAGCCCAAGGAACCUUCCGUCUGGUCCAGCCCUCAGUCAUCGCCAGGAUGUGGGGGCAGAGGGCUGAUAAGCCCAACCUCUCCUACGAUAACUUCGCCAGAGGGCUGAGGUACCACUACACCACCGGGGCACUACAACCUGUGUCGGAGAAGCAGCUUGUGUACAGAUGUGGACCCAAGGCUAUCAAAUAUCUCAUUGAACUGAAAACAAAGUCCUCAGCAUGAUGAUCAGCGCCUGCAGUCACUAUAGAGCCAGUGGUAGCCAACACUGCUCUCUAUACUGGCUCCUUCCAUAAACUACGGUGUAUCUUGUAUUCCCCUGAUAUAAUACGCUCAUCUCGGUGUUAAUACACUGAGGGGUACACUUAUCUCGGUGUGAUAGACAGUAUUAUUACACAGAUUUAUCAUCCGCUUUGGGAUGUGCUGUUACCCGGUGUCGUACAUCAGUGAACACAUCUGGUAAUUCACUCCGCUGAGAGGAGAAGAUUCUUCAUCUCUCAUAGGGGCAGAUUCAGUGGAUAUUCUUCCAUAUUGCUCAAUUUAUUUUUCUUAGAAAUUUGACCAAAGGUGUCCACGGUAAUGUGCUUAGCUUUACAAAUCCGUCCAAAAUCUGGAACACGUCUCAGCAUUGCCCAGAAGAAUGUGCUUGAAGUGGUCAAGACU